AUGUUCAAGCUGCAAGUCGUGCUGGUACCACCAAGCUUACAGAAUGCGGCUACCCCAUUCGGAUUCGCUUCAAGUACAGCAGACUCUUCUCAAUUACUUGCGACAGCUCCCUUGAUGAGUACAGGAGUACAACGAAAUGGAGACACGACAUUACCCUAUCAGUCAGGUAUCAAUCCGGCUAAUACAAGUAUAUUCCCAAGUCAUGUGGCCCAGAUUAAGAGUAGAAAAUUUCUACAUUUCACGAAAUCCGCUAAUUCUUUGUUGGAGCUAUCAUAUGAAAUUAUAGAGAAAUGUAACAAAAUGUAUCCUAGCUUAGAUGAAGAAAUUGAAAUUUUAAGCUUACAGGAUAGCAGUGGAUGUGAUCUUGAUCCCGACUUUCUUGUAAAAGAUGUUUUUAAUAUCGAUAAUACUGUCCGAGUAAUUUUGAAGAAUGAGCUUAACAUUGAUGAUUCUACUCCAGUAUCUCUUUACAGAAGCGAUAAGAAAAAGUCAAAAAGACAAAAAUUGAGUAACCAAUCAUCGCAAUCGCAAAUUUCAGAACCCUCGAUCUCCUUAAACAAUGGUGGAAUCUUGAAAAUUGCAAAAAAAAGAGCUUCAGUAUCGGGAAUUAGACAUCCAACCAACACAAAUAUGAGAAUUUCUACACCAUUGGCUCAUCAAAUAUAUCCUCCACCUCAAAGCAACUAUAGAGCUGUUUCAAAUAACUCAGAAGAUGAGGAGACAGGCGAAGAUGUUGGUGAAAGGUCCUUCUUACCGCCGCCAACCCAGCCGCAAUCUCCACCUAUUCGUAUAAGCUCUGGAAUUGGUAAUUUUAAAAGAAUAAGAACAGGCAUCGAAGAAGAUACUGUGUCGCGAUCGGAAACCGUUGACCCUGAUAAAUCAAAGCAACAGCGCCUUUUAUCUGGAACGCCAAUAGGUUCAACAAUGACACCAAAUAGAGUCACGCUAACUGGUCAAAGAGUCGUAUCUGAUAGACUUAACAAUAACAGUAGUAGGUCAAUCUUCUCUGCAUCUGCAAUUUCGACCAACAGACACACUUCAUCUGCUAAUGCACGCAUUACGUCCGGUAUGUUGAGUAUACCAGAACCGAAGAUUGCAGAGGUAGAAGAGCAAUUAAAAGAAGGCCCUUCAAGCCCAGCAUCCAUUUUACCUGCUGUUCCAGAUCGUAUACCUAUGAAAAAACCUUAUCACGGAGGAACAAGCAAUUUUACCGAGGAUGAAUAUUCGAGUUCUGAUGACCAACAUACUGAUACACAAGCAAAGUCGUUGAGCCAGCGGCAAACCUCAAUUGCUGAUAACAAUGGCUCUCCUGUCAAGGAUACGUCUAAUGGCGAAAGUGGAUUCCAACACUUUCAUUUACCGGAACUUCCAAAGAAUGCCAAAACAGCUCCAAGAACCCAACGGGAAACAUCAUUAGAGACAAAAGUUCAAAAAAAGCCUACCAAAGCUCUUAUACAGACAAACGAAGAGGAGGAACCAACAAGGAAGGAAGCCUUCUCUGAGGAUGAAGGUAUAGAGGAGGAGGAAGAGCAAAAAGACCAAGAAAUGGAAUCAGAAAUCGGUAUAGUUGAGAGCCAGAGAGCUGAUGCAACUGACAGGAUAGAAUCGGGAGUACUAAGUCAAGAAAUUGGAAAAAGUGAGGAAGAAAAUGAUAAUGAGGAGCUAGAAGGAGAUGACACGGUCCUUAUAAAUAAAGGUGGGUUGGAGAAAAAAUCUCCUGCUACAGCCAACAUUCAAAGGGGAGAAUUUGUUAGAUAUAUGGAGGGGGAUACAUCUGAAAUGCCAUCAUUAUAUGCAAGAAAUGCUCAACUUGAUAGCAAUCAUUCCAAAACGAAGCCGUACACAACAGUGCUAUUCAAUGAUAUCGAUAAUUCAAAACCAGAUCCAAGGAAUAUCAUGCCAAAACGCAUACCAAGGAAUGCUGCAAGAAAGGCUGCCGAACUACUCUCAGGCAAGCAGAUUUCAAAAACUUAUUCUGAUGAUAAAUCCUAUUCCUCACCUGAAAGCUCCUCUAGUGGUGUCGAAACUGACGACGCAUUCGAUGAAGAUGAAGAAGAAGAUGACGAUAGAAUUUCUAUAACUGAAAACAAUAGUGUUAGAACUUUGCUUUUACAUCCCUUGAAGGAGAAAGUCAUUUCCGGUCUUGAUCUACCAUCUCAAGGGAAUUAUAACAAGGACAAACCCACUAACUUGAGACUUUCAAACACUGUUAGCCAGUAUAGCGAGCCUGAACCCCGUUUCGUAGCUGCUGUGAAUGACGCCGAACAAAAUAGUAAGAAUCAAUACAAAGAAAGUUCUGUCAAGCAAGCCAGUGGAUCAACAAAAGAAAAAGAUGUAGACAAUGCAGAUCAAGAGGGAAAAUCUAACAAGGUGAUUAAUAGUAACGAGCCUUCAUUCAUCUCUCAAAAGAUGGAUAAUAAGGAGCUCGACUCUUACAAACAAAAAGAUGUUGAAUUCCAAGCUCAAAUGCAAGAAAGGAAGCUGAAAGCUGAGAGGGAAGCCAGGAUCAAGGCUGAAAAAGAGGCGAAGUUGAAAGCAGAAAGGGAUACCAAGUUACAAGAAGAAAGGGAAACCAAGUUACAAGAAGAAAAGGAAGCGAAGUUACAAGUUGAAAAGGAAAUCAAGUUACGAGUUGAAAAGGAAGCCAAGCUGAAAGCUGAAGAGGACGCCAGAAGCAAGGCAGAAAAAGCAAAAGCUGAACGAGAGAUCAAAUCUAAAGCUGAAGAGGAGGCCAAAUUAAAAGCAGAAAAAGAGGCCAAGCUAAAAGCUGAUAAGGAGGCCAAGAUCAAAGCAGAAAAAGAAGCUAAACUGAAAGCAGAAAGAGAGGCCAAAUUAAAAGCAGAAAAAGAGGCCAAGCUGAAAGCUGAUAAGGAGGCCAAGAUCAAAGCAGAAAAAGAAGCUAAAUUAAAAGCAGAAAAAGAGGCCAAGCUAAAAGCUGAUAAGGAGGCCAAGAUCAAAGCAGAAAGAGAGGCCAAAUUGAAAGCAGAGAAGGAGACCAAGAUUAAAGCACAACGAGAGGCCAGAUCAAAAGCAGGAAAUGAAAAACAGAGACACGAUCUCGUGAAAGAAACGGCAGAAGUAUCAAACCCACGCAGUAAAGUUGACAUUUCGACAGGAAGCAAUACUGCAAAAUCUGAAAAUCGCAACAAUGAUUUCAAAGAAACAGAUCGUUCCGAAGAUAGCCGAAGUAAAAGUGUUUCCAGUUCCGAGGAGAAAGAAAAGCUCAAGGAACUCAAGGCAAAAUUUACUAAAGCAAGGACAUAUAUUCCGGCAGGACUUGUUUCUCAAAAAAUAAGUCGCUCGGACAGUGGAUCAUCUGACAACACCACUUCUUCUGAGGAAGAAAGCUCUUCUGAGUCCUCUGACUCUUCAUCGGACAAUGAAGGUUCUUCCAGUUCUAAAAAAGUCAAAAGACUAAUUGUUGAUACUCCCAAGGGAUCCCUGAACACGACAACUAAGAGAUCCUUGAACAAAAAAUUUUCUGGAGUGGAGGAUGCUCCUCAGUCUACUCAGAAAGAUAUAUCACCAAGCCAGGCCACUCCUAAUAGAGUUCCAAUAACAAAACUGAUUGAUGUCUCAUCACCUAUAUCCGGUAAUACGGGAAGCCCAAAAAACCGCGGUUUGCUUCAGAAGUUGCCCCCAAAAGUACGCCCUUCUCUAAGCUCUUUGUCUGAUUUGGCUUCGAGAGGUGUCCCAGAGGUUAGAGAGAAAGAAGUAAACGCAUCUCAAUCAGAUAUGAGUGGUGACAAACGUAAGGAGAAUGGCGCUUCUCGUGUCGAUUCAGAUUCUAGUUCAGAUUCAGAUUCAGACUCCGACUCCGACUCCGAUUCAAUUGAUUCGGACAGUGAUGGCUCCUCAUCCUCCGAAGAGAGCAGCUUCAUUAGUGCGAAGUCAGCCAACAUAGCUCUUGGAAAGAAGAAAAAAAACGGCGGAGGGUUUGCAUCAUUAAUAAAAGACUCCAAAAGAGCUUAA